AUGGGUGGGCGUUCGAAGACCUCAGUCACAGACCUACGUAUGCCUUCUGUCUUUUCUUUUUACAAUAGCGAUGAAAAUAGUCGCCCGAAACACCAGUUUUUGGACAACAAUGACCACCCAGAGGCUGGCGAUGUGGACAGUUUCUUUGUUAAUAUUGCCGCUACUACAUUGGUUGAAGACCUGUAA